AUGAGACUGAAGAGAAGAGUCCAGCAGACAUCUGGAAAUGUGGUUGGGAGAGAGGACGGAGCUGAGAUAAGCACCUGGGAGGCAGCCACAGCGAGGCCCCAAAUCCUUUGUGCUACAAGCACCGUUGGCUUAAUUAGUUCUGGUGGGGGCAUCAUCAUUAACUGCAAGCUAAUUGCGUUAGUGGGCUCAUACUACAGUGGUUCCAGAGAUUUGGGUUUUGGUAAACAGGGCAUUUCCAUGGUGUUUAUGGAAAGACGCCUGGGCAAGUGGCCUGACAAGGACAAUCUGCACCACAGAGCCUUUGACCGCUGCAGCCAGGACCUCCGACCCGCUGACCCCUGGUUUCUGAUUGCCUUUGCCACCUCCCUGCUUCAUUCCGCCACCCCGGACCCACUGCAGAAUGAGGACCUUUCAUUGGCCCCCAAGGACAGCCGCAGCUGGUGUUUGCUGCCUCCCGAGCAGCAUUAUCUAAGCCCAGUCAUUCUGUUGUUUUUAGGAAAUGAUCUGCUCGAAGAUUCCCCUUAUGAACCAGUUAACAGCAGAUUGUCUGAUAUAUUCCGGGUGGUCCCAUUCAUACCAGAUAUUUUCCAGCAAGUGGAGCACGUUCCCAAAGGGAACAACUGCCUGGACGCCGCCAAGGCCUGUAACCUCGACGACACCUGUAAGAAGUACAGGUCCGCGUACAUCACCCCGUGCACCACCAGCAUGUCCAACGAGGUCUGCAACCGGCGCAAGUGCCACAAGGCCCUGCGGCAGUUCUUCGACAAGGUUCCGGCCAAGCACAGCUACGGAAUGCUCUUCUGCUCCUGCCGGGACAUCGCGUGCACGGAGCGGAGGCGGCAGACCAUCGUGCCCGUGUGCUCCUACGAGGAGAGGGAGAAACCCAACUGCCUGACUUUGCAGGACUCGUGCAAGACGAAUUACAUCUGCAGAUCUCGCCUUGCGGAUUUUUUUACCAACUGCCAACCGGAGUCAAGGUCUGCCAGCAGCUGCCUAAAGGAAAACUAUGCUGACUGCCUCCUCGCCUACUCAGGGCUUAUUGGUACAGUCAUGACCCCCAACUACAUAGACUCCAGUAGCCUCAGCGUGGCCCCAUGGUGUGACUGCAACAACAGUGGGAAUGAUCUGGAAGAGUGCUUCAAAUUUUUGAACUUCUUCAAGGACAAUACAUGUCUCAAAAAUGCAAUUCAAGCCUUUGGCAAUGGCUCCGAUGUGACCGUGUGGCAGCCAGCCCUCCCAGUUCAGACCACCACUGCCACCACCACCACAGCCUUCCGGGUCAAGAACAAGCCCCUGGGGCCUGCAGGGUCGGAGAAUGAGAUCCCCACUCAUGUUUUACCACCUUGUGCAAAUCUGCAGGCACAGAAGCUGAAAUCCAAUGUAUCGGGCAGCACGCACCUCUGUCUUUCUGAUCGUGAUUACGAAAAGAACGGCCUUGCUGGUGCUUCCAGCCACAUAACCACAAAAUCAAUGGCUGCUCCUCCAACGUGUGGUCUGAGCCCGCUUCUGGUUCUGGUGGUAACCGCCCUGUCCACCUUUUUGUCUUUAUCUUUGGCAGAAACAUCGUAG